UGCAGAGCGACACUGGCAACAGAUAUACUAUUAGCAGGAUGCAGCAGGGUUUGAGCGCGCAGGAGAAUAAGAUGAAGCUAAGGCAGAAGGAAGAGCCACCCGACCAGCUCCCGCUGCCGGCGGACGAUGCGCCGCAGGAGCUGAGCCGAAUUCCAGAGGCGGCCGAACAACAGGCGAUCUCGAGCGACGUCGCGACGGGCCCCGCUUGCGCUCAGGACGUGGCUGCGUACUGUCAGAAGGAGGCCAACAUAGUGGCGCUGCUACACGAGGCGCCAAAUUUGGUGGAGCCUCGCAAGAUUGUCGAAGCCGUACGCAAGGUGCGCUUGUGCAUGAUCACGCACGCCGAGGUGCUCUCCACCGACUGUGUGAACACGCUGUCGGCCGAUGUUGUGGGCGCGUCCAAAACGAUGGCCACAUCCGUGCCGGCAAAAAGCGUUGCGGCGCUGGAAAACGAGGGCGUGGACGACGACUCGUCCAUGGAAAUUAAUAUCUACUACUCAAGGCACCACAACGGCGCAGGGCACGCGCUACGCUCUGGUGGUGCUCUAGCUGCCAACCACAUCCAGACAGGAGGACCCUCGUUUAACCUUGCCGGGGUGCUUGCGCACCCGGUCACAUGGGCUUUCGUGCUACCAUUCUUUGCCGUCGGAAUGUACGUGAGCAUCACUCGGGUGGCGACGUUCCUGCGCCGGCGGCGGGAGGAGCGCCGCAUCGAGAGCAAGCAGUACAUGCCCGUGAAUUGAGCAGAUCAACCGUCGUGAAGUAGAAAGCGAUCUAUUUGUAGCAGUAGUAAAGCGGCUUAAUUGA